UGGCGGGGCCGGCGGUGUACUGGGGCUGCAUGUUCGGACUGGACCUGGGUCUGGUUGGUGCUGCCCACGCGUACGGGCUGCUAAAGGCGGCCAACGCGGUGCUGCUGCUGGGCUACCUGGGCUGGCGGGCGGUGAGGAGCCGUGACAGCAGCAGUGACACCAAUGACAGCAGCAGUGACACCAAUGACAGUGGCAGUGAUAAUGACAGCGACAGUGACAGUGGCAGUAGCGCUAGCGUUAGGAGUAGCAGUGACAAUGGCACACACGGCCAGCAUACAGAGCAUCAGCAGCGGCAGCAACCAGCAGAUGUGGGCAGCACCAGCUGCAGCAGCGCUGUGGAAGGGAGGAGCAGGAGCAGGAGGAGGGCUGGCGGUGGGGAUCCUGCUGAGGGCUCUGCAUGCAGCGGUGCUGGCAGCGGUGCCGGCGCAAGCGGAGGAGGUACCGCGGCCAGGCCCAAUGCACAUGUGGAAAUGCUGACCUCGCCGCUGUCCGUCGCCGCUUCGGCGCAUGAGUACAUGAGCUACGAGGGGGCCCUCGGCAACGGUAACAGAAACGGCAACGACAGGCGUGGCGGCGGUCCUGCAGCAGCCGGCUCCUCUGCCGGCGCAGCAACAACGUCCUCAGGUGCCGCCGCCGCCGCUGCUUACGAUGCUGCCAGUGGUAUCGGGGGCCGUUCCAGGAAGCGAGUCGACGCCCGCGCCGCGCCUGCCGCCGCGUCUGCCCUUGCAACGGCGGCAGCAGGUGCCACAGGAACAGCCGCUACCGCAGUUGCCGCAGGCAUUAACGGCCGCCAAGGGCUGUACUGCAGGAUCCGUACCGUUGUCUCUGCUAUCCGUACUGAGGCGGCGGAGGUGCUAGAACCCCGGGCUUGCUGGGAGUACGUCAAGUUCGGGUUCCCGGCUGCCGCGAUGUCGUGUUUGGAGUGGUGGGCGUACGAGGCAUUAGUCAUAAUGGCAGGCUGGCUGCCCGACUCGGAGGUCUCUCUGGGCUGUCUGGGCAUCUGUCAGACGGUGGGCGGCUGGGCCUACAUGCUGCCCCAGGCGCUGGCGACUGCCACAGCGGCCCGGGUGGCUAGUGCGCUGGGGGCGGGGGACGCCGAGGGCGCCAAGAGGAACUUCC